AUGGCCACCCAGUCUCCUCAUCUGACCGACAUCCCCCAGGCUAUCCGCAUUGCCGCCAGCACAGAUGCAGUCGACCCCGCACUCAAGCAGCAGGCCCUAGACUACCUCACCAAGGUCAAGGAGCUCUGCGAGGAGACCUGGCAGGUGAGUGGCGAACCUUGUGAUACUGGCACCGGAGGCGACUCUCGACCUGGACGCGCACGCACUUUUGGAAGUGGUGACCCGCAGUGUCACUUGGAGAUCGGCACGCCUCGUCUGGCACACCUUAUUGGCGUUGGAUUCGAAGCUGACAUGGCAGGACUGUCUUUCUCUCUACCUCCAAGGAGCAGGCCUGAUGUCAUGUCCUCGGACCAGCAGCAGGCCAUGUACAAGGCCAUUGUUGAGUUCGUGCAGACGGAAUACGUGAACGGAACGUCAGAAUCCGGACAGUCGUUCCUUCGCAACAAGCUCAGCUUCACGAUCGCCCACCUCUUCCUCAACGUCUACCCGAACGUCAUCCCCACCUUCCUCCACCCUUUCCUCGCCCUGCUCGCGCCGUCAGAUAGCGGCAACCCGCAGGUUUCCCUCCUUGUUACCCACUUGCUCCGCGAGAUUGCUCAGGAGAUCCACGACAAUGUCAUCCGAUCGGCCCGCGCCUUCAGCAAGGAGCGCCAGCACCGCGACGGCGUCAUCCGUGACGUUAUCAGGUCGAGUGGCGACGAGCGUCUUGCUGUGGAGGGCAUGCUGAAGCUCGCUGGCAAGGGUCUCGAGCUGAGCAAGUCUGACCCCAAGUGGCUUGAGGCCACGCAGAUGGCGCUGAAGACCUUGGCGUCUUGGGCUCCCUGGGUGGACAUCUCCGUCUCCCUCACUCCGGAUACCCUGCAGUUCUACCAGAGUCUCAUUCAGGCUGGAGAAACGUCCCUGCGCACGGGUGCCGCGGCCAUCGUCCGUGCACUGGUCGCUAAGGGUAUUCGGGAUCCUUCCGAGAAGCUGCAGAUGCUCAAGGUCUUUGACCUCGUCAACUUCCUGACGCCAGUGGAGGCGGCCACGCGACAGUCAGCCAAGGAUGGUCCAGAAAUGGUCACCUUCCGUGCGACGCUCGCGGGCAUCGUCCAGGCCUACGGCACGGAGCUCAUCAAGAUCGCCGAGAUGCCUGAGGCACCGGAAGCGGUCCGGGAAGAGGCUGACAACCAACUGAACAACUCGAUCCAGCUCGUUCUUUGCUUCCUCAGUGAUAGAAACCCUGAGGUGCCGACGGCGAUUUCAGCUUUCGUGUCCGACCUCCUGCGCACCUACAAGCGGUACAUUAAGCCGGCGCAACCUCAGCAGCAGCAGACGAACGGACGUCCCGGCUCGUCGCAGCCCGCUCCGGCACCGGUCCCGCUGCCCCCAGGAAAGCGUCAGUUUUUGCUGUCUGUCCUGGAAGUUGUGGUGAAGCAGCUCGAGUGGCCGGAAGAUGUCGACUGGGAGAUUGUCCAGGACGAACAGGAUGCGGACGAGGCGGUCCUGGCCUUCUACGCCAUGCGCCAGAGCUUCCGAUCUGUUGUCGAUAACAUCGCCGCUAUCGAUAAGACUCUCCACACAGAGGUUGUCGCGAGCAUCGUUGUCAACACUCUUGAGCGCCUCAGGUCACAGGGCCCCUCGGCUGUCCCCUGGCAGCAGAUUGAGCUGGCGGCGUACCUGGUUUACACAUUCGGUGAGAUCUCGAAGAGCAACUCGCGCGCGGCGUUCUUCGAGCUCCCUCCGGAGCUUGUUUCCAAGCAGGCUGUCAAGAUGACGCGUACGACGGGCAAGAUCGGUGAGGACUCUGGACGGUCGACACCAAACGGGUCCGAGAACCCAGAGGUUGCGCUUGACACGAGCUCCAAGAUCGACUACGAGCAGUACCCUCUGACGCCACUCGGCCAGCUCCUCAGUCUGUGCGUUUCCUCCAACCUCGCCUCGUUCCCGCACCCAUCCGUGCCUCUCCAGUACUUCGAGAUCGCCGUGCGCUACGUUGACUUCUGGAAGGUCAAGCAGGGCGCGAUUCAGCCCAUCUUCGAGGCUCUCCUCGACUCUCGCGGUAUUCACCACGAGGAUGAGGCUGUUCGCCGUCGUGCCUUCUACCUCCUCGGACGCUUCAUCAAGGAGUGCCGCUUCGAGAUGGCUCCUGGCAUGAUCCCCAUCAUCCUUGAGAGCCUGAAGGACAUGCUGCAGAUCCGUCCCAAGUUCUCGACCGCCGACGCCAGCGAGGACCCGCUCAUGAAGGCUGCCACCGGCAAGAGCUACUUCGCGGACCAGCUACACCUCUUCGAGGCUGCGGGUGUGCUUGUGUACCUCACCAAGAACGACCCGUCCUCCCAGAUGAACCUUCUCGCGGCGAUCGCCGGACCUCUCAUGGCCGGCAUCGGCGCUGGAGUGGAGCAGUACCGCAGCAACCCUAGCGACCAGAUGGCGAUCCUCCACGUUCACCACCACCUCCUCGCCCUCGGCCACUUCGCCAAGGGCUUCCCCUCCGUCUCCGACGACCAGGUCGAGGCUCAGCCAUACCAGCAGCCGUUCAAGCAGAUGACGGAUGCUCUUCUGCAGGCUCUCGAUGCCAUGAAGACGCAGCGUGUAGUGCGUGACGCUGCCCGCUUUGCCUUCUCCCAGUUCGUGUCCGCCAUCGGCUCUACCAUCGCCGAGCUCGUCCCACGCUUCGUCACCAGCGUCGUCACGGAGUUCGAGCCGAGCGAGCUGGCCGACUUCCUCUCCUUCCUCUCGCUGCUCAUGCACCGUCUGAAGAAGAACACCUUCGAGACAAUGGACAUGCUGCUGCUCCCGCUGCUCAGCCGCAUCUUUGCCGUGCUCCAGAACCCGGUCACGGGCACGGACGAGGCCGUUAUCCACCAGCGCCUGCAGGAGGCGUACCUGAACUUCUUCACUGCGCUGAUGAACUCGAACCUCGAGGGUGUCUUCAUCACGGACCGCAAUAAGCCGGAGUUCGAGAACCUGCUCUCUGCGCUGAUGGACCUCGCGACCAACUCGGACGACUCGCUUUCUCAGCGCCUUGCCUUCAGCUUCUUCGCCAAGAGCAUUGUCGCGUGGGGCACGUCCAUGAAGGCCGUGCAGGAGCCGAGCGUCUUCGCCGACUCUGCCAUGUCGGCGCUGUCGCAGAAGGUUGCCGCCGGUCUCGCGCAGCCGACGAACCAGCACACGAUCAGCAAGGAGCAGCGCGCCGAGCGCGCCCUGCCAGGCUACGAGACGUUCGUGUACCAGCGCCUCGUCCCCAUUGUGUUCUCGGUCCCCGCCGACCCGAGCUUCAACAUUCGCGGCGCCCAGCCCGUGCUCUACGAGAUGGCCAUGGUGCUCCGCAACACGGUCCAGGCGCGCGGACAGGAGGGCAUCGACUUCCUCCUGAACGACAUGCUGCCCAAGAUCGGAUGCCCGCCCAACGUCGCCCAGACCCUCGUCGAGCACCUCCGCACCCAGCAGAGCAAGGACUUCCGCAAGACGUUCACCGACUUUAUCCGCGCCAUGCGCUCGUAA